CUUGACACAGCGGGAAUGGCUAACCAAUAGGAGUGCAUGAUGGGCGGGCUUUCCCUUUCUACAUAGCGUACAGCGUAGGUGACGAGCGAUCUGUUUUGCGUGAAGUAGGCGAGGUUGUCGGCACGGCAAUUUUAACGCAAAAUGUCGAAAGAGGCGCCCCGCGAACCCGAGCAACUCCGUAAGCUUUUCAUCGGAGGCCUGAGCUUUGAGACCACCGACGAGAGCCUGCGGGAGCAUUUCGAGCAAUGGGGGACCCUUACAGACUGUGUGGUGAUGAGGGAUCCAAACACAAAAAGGUCCAGGGGAUUUGGUUUUGUCACAUACUCUUCUGUGAACGAGGUCAACGCGGCCAUGGAGGCUCGACCACACAAGGUGGAUGGCAGAGUGGUGGAGCCCAAGCGGGCAGUUUCCAGAGAGGAUUCGAGUAGACCGGGCGCCCACAUGACCGUCAAGAAGAUCUUUGUGGGCGGGAUCAAAGAGGACACUGAGGAGCACCACCUGCGGGAUUACUUCGAGCAAUUCGGCAAGAUCGAGGUCAUCGAGAUCAUGACGGACAGAGCCAGCGGCAAGAAGAGGGGCUUCGCCUUUGUUACAUUUGACGACCACGACUCUGUGGACAGGAUAGUCAUCCAGAAAUACCACACAGUAAACGGCCAUAACUGUGAGGUGCGGAAAGCGCUUUCGAAGCAAGAGAUGGCCAGCUCCGGGAUGAGCAUGAGGGGUCGUGGGGGUGGUUCCGGUAAUUUCGGCAGAGGCGGGGGUUAUGGAGGUAACGACUUCGGUCGCGACGGUUACUUCGGCGGCCGUGGUGGCCGCGGCAGCUAUGGCGGUGGAGAUGGAUACAACGGCUUUGGCGGAGAUGGUGGCUAUAACAGCGGCCCCGGCUACGGCGGCAACCGCGGCUAUGGCGGAGGCCCAGGAUAUGGUAGCCAGGGCGGGUAUGGCGGAAACGGGGGAUACGACAACUACAAUAACGGAGGAGGGAACUUUGGUGGCGGAAACUUUGGGGGCAGCAAUUACAACGACUUCGGCAACUACAACAGCCAGGGCUCCUCUAAUUAUGGCCCGAUGAAAGGAGGCAAUUUUGGGGGCAGGAACAGCGGUCCGUAUGGCGGUGGCUAUGGUGGGUCGAGUGGCGGCGGCGGUGGUGGCGGUGGUUAUGGCAGCAGCUCUGGCCGGAGGUUCUAGGUGAUCUGGAGGACUCAGUACUUAGAAGGCAGCGAGAGAAGGGACAGGCGAGAUGCAGGUUAAACCAUAGAUCUGCUCAGCCAGACUCCGCUGGCUGCUUACAGCGGUCUCACCAAGACACGUGCAAUAGCCAGAGCUCAUGUGUGUCUGCUGUGAAGCAGCAUUUUUUAUAGUUGCUAUUUGUUUCUGUGAAAAGUAAGCAUUCCAAUACGUUUUUAAAUGUAGACCCUUUUUUGUUUGGCACCCCUUGUGGUGGUUUUAAUGUAACUGCAACCAAUCAAGUCGAAAUAAACCAUCUUUCCGUUUUUUUAUGA